UGAGGCGGAACGCAUCUUCGUCUGUUUUCCAACCGGUUGCCUUGAGGUGGUGCACAAGAGAGGCUCACCGGAUGUUGAUAGUCUCACACGUUGCCGUUCGGAAUUGAAGGCAAGUUCUUGUCUAUGUAGGUUGUUCUAAGUUGUAAAACUCGAAUCGGGAUGUCGGCGUCGUUGAUUAGGAGAGGACUGGAGCUGCUGAGCGAUGAUAUUAAAGAUGCCGGUAAAGCGAAGAAGAAGCAGCAGAAGACACCCAACUCCGCCACGGUGAUGGAGCUGGUGAGCACAAAGCGACAGGGAGUCACCAGGCAGGUCAAACGGCUGCAGGGGCGCCUGGGUCCCGGCAAGAGUAAAGCGACUGUCAAAGACAAGAGGAUCAAGUCUGCAGUGGAGGAGUUCAGGAAGAAGCAGAGGAAAAGCCACAUGAGCGAUAAUCUCAAGUACUUUAUGGAAACUAGCUGCAGAGCAACAAAUUCUGACACUUUGAAGAUCCUGCGCCACAAUUCAGGAAGACAGUCCAGGAAUCGCCCGGAGCAACCCGCCAAGAAGCCCAAGGAGCCGGAGUCUUUGUUCACGGAGGAGGAGUUCCAGCAGUUCCAGAAGGAAUACUUUGGUAGGAAGGUUGAGGAGGAGAAAUAAGCAUCAGUCAACCAAAAGACACUGCAGCCACAGUGGAAACGCCAGGGCUAACCUUUUGUGGAUUUAAGUGGAUUUCUGGACCGGUUUAUGUUCUGGACGUUGGUUCCACUUCACAUGUGCAACAGGAAAACUUUGAGGAUAAAUGUAUGAGUUGAAUCUGUGAUGAUGUUAGAUUUAUCAAGAAAAGAGUAGCACAGUAAACUUCUCCGUAAUUAUAACGAACUCCUUUAUUCUGCUACCUCUGGGUUUGUCCUCCACUCACAACUCCAACCAGGAUUGUCCAUUUUGAGUAGAAAUAGUUUUGAGUAUGACUUUUAUUCAUUUUGUGCGUAAGAUCAAUAAAUGCACAUGCACAAAUAGUU